CUGUGUUGUACUCACGUCUCCAGGAUGACGAGAGCAGUGGUGGGUGUGCUCUUGAUGGCUGUGGCAAGCUUGGCAGCGACCACCACCCUGGAACUCCAGCAGGAAGAUAAUAAUGAUACCGGUGGUGAGGCCAAGUUCUUCGUGAAGAACUACUACACCACCACUUGGACCUUCCUCUCCUCCUUCACGUCCACCGUCCCUUACACCUGCUAUACUACUGGUAUGGAGGCUCCCAUGGCUUGCAUGGGUCGCAGACUUCGCCGCCAAAAGAGGACUCACAUGCAAGUGUCACAAGAGGAAGCUGCGAGUCUCGGGAGCAGCAUCCAGAGUGAACUGGAAGGUGAUCUGAUAGAGGGGUUGGAGUCUGCGCAGGAGAAGUUCUUCUUCACUGUGUGGAGAACCUCCAGCACCACAGCCACCGUCACUACUUACUCCACCAAUCGAUCCGUCACCAUUUCCAUUUCGAUUGCAUGCACUUACCCGGGAAUAUUGUAUAAUGUUUGUUAGGAAACUCGACAUUAAGUCGCUUCCCACCCAUUGCUUAUCCCAUGGCAGUGUUAGCAUUAAAAAAAAAAUCAUAAAUAAUCUUGGAUCCAUGUCAGUUUGGUUUUUUGUUCCCUCCAAAUUUAUGAGACGCAGACUUUGCUUUGUUUAUUAAAGGGGGUUCAGAACCUUCUAUUAUCAUCUAAUGAAGUGAUUUUCAAUACUUUUUAAUUAAGGGGUGGAUCGGUAAGCUAGCAGAAGACCUCAAUCCCAUAACCAAAAUUUCCAUUAUCAUAAAAUCUUGCCCUCAUGAGAAAUUUUCACAUUUCUUCUGGAAAAUGAAGAACAUGUGUCAUCAUCAAAAUGUACGGAUAAGCAACGGUUAAGAAUACUGUACACAGAUUUGUUUUAGUAUAUAUUUACAUAAGUGGCCCUUACUGUUAAUAUAUGUAAUAUUCUGAUUGAU